ACCGAAACUUUAUGGAUUUGGGAGAAUAUAAAUUUAUUUGUCCAUAAGUUCUCCAACAGCGAAAAACAAAUACUGUUAGGAAAGGUUUGCUGAAAUCCAGCAUAGCCCGGCCCGGGGUAAUAGACCCGACAACCCGAUCCAAAAAGUAGCAUAUUGCGGCGUCUAUGUUUGUUCUGAAUCAGUCGGUGUAACAGUAGCACACAGCAAACGGAGCUCCAGCUCAAAACAACGAUGAAGCCUCUCACCUCCUUAUCCACGACGGCGACGACGACGGUGGUGGUGAUAGCAAUAACACUAACCCUAGCAACAACAAUUUCAUCAUCAUCAUCAUCAUGGCAAUUCCUCACAAACCACAAUUUCACUUCUCAGAUCCAACUCCAUCCUCAUAUUCUCCUUCUCCUCACUCUCCCAUGGUCUGGUGAAUCUCGUUCCUUAAUGAACGAUAUCUCGCUUGUAAUAUCCAACAAGCCACAAGAAUUUCCAAAUCUUAAACUAAUGUAUAUGCAUGUUAAUAACGAGAAGACGGUGAUGGAUUCGAUUGGUGUUAGUGUUGAUGGAAUGAUUACUGUUGUUUAUUUUCAUCAUUCUGUGGGUUAUAAGUAUACUGGAAGAUUUUCAGCUAGAAAUGUGUUGAAUUCAUUUCAUCGUUAUGUUUCCGUUGCGCCCGAGGAGGUUCCUUUUAAAGUGCUUAAUAAUCCGAGGGAUUUUACUGCGUUUGUGGAUUUUGCUGAUGUUAGUAUGGUUCUUGUUGAUUUUUGUGGAUGGAUAGAUAAGAGUAAGAAAUUCAAUAGAACACAAAAUGGUAUUGGGUCUCACCUUGGAAUGGGCUUUAGUGGAGAGAAUGAUAGGAUAUUGGUGUCUAGGGGGAAGACUAACCAGAAGGUUGCUGAGGAGGGCACGUGCAAGGCUGAACACAGCAUCAAUGAAGGGUUUUGUGAAGUUCCUUUGCUUAGGGAUUUUACCUCAGCAAAUGAUGGCCGUCUGGGGAGCUUCAAGGAUCAAAACAGUCAUAAUCUAAACUUCUGUUCAUUUGAAGAGUUUGAGCGUUUCCAUUCUUUCUACGAGAAAUUCAUGAAUGCUGUAAAAGAAUUCUUUUUGCCUCCUGAACGACAUAGAUUUGGUCUCGUUUCAGAUAGGGCAAUGCUUUCAUCCUUAGGUGUUGGUGAUUCUGGUUCAUGGUUUGCAGUUCGCUACCUAGCUGGAUGUUCAAGUUGUUCACAUAUUCUUAAAGAAGAGGGUGACUUGAACUAUGUUUUGCAGAGGAAUAAUUAUUUUGUCAAAGAGUUGGAAAGUAAUGGACACGAUCAAGAAGCCACUAUACCAGCAAAUAAGCCAUCAGUACUUUUGUUUGUUGAUAGAUCAUCCGACUCCUCAGAAACUAGGGGAAAAAGUAUGGAAGCUCUUAAAGCUCUUAGAGUAUUGGCACAACACUAUCAUGUGAAUCAAAUGGAUACUAAGAAUAAUGAUAAUUACAAGAAAGUUUCAAUCCGAGAUUAUCGUGGCACAAAGAGCAAAUCUGAUAUUCUCAGGUCAAAUUUGUUGAUGAAAACUCAGAAGAUUAAACUAAACAAGAAGAUAUCUUCCAUCACGAUUAUUAAUGAGGGUAAGCAAGUUAGUGUGGAUAAUGUAGCUUCUGAUCUACAGGUGAGUUCUUUGAAUGAGUUAUUGGGUUACAUUGUCCAGCAAAAGAAGGAUGGUAAACUAAGUUCUCUAGCAAAGGAUUUAGGUUUCCAACUUUUAUCUGAUGAUAUUGACAUUGGUUCAGCCAAUACACAACAACAAUUGCAUUCAGAAGUUCAAUCAAAUCAAAUUUCAGCAGAAACUUCUCAAGGUCAUACAGGUACUGUAAUUGCAGAUGGCUAUCCAUAUAAAUCUGCUAUAGAGCUUGGGGAAAGUCCCAAAUUGGUUGUGCUAUCUUCUCGGCAUGAUGAACUCAAGAAAUCUUCUAUUGACACUAGUGAAGAGAUAAAAGCCGUGCAAUCUGAAGAAUCCAUUACAGAUCACGGACUUCCUAGCGCCAAAAUUAUUUCAUCAGAAACAGAUAGUUCCACGGAUGGGUUUUCUGAUGGGAACAAGAGCGGAGGAGAGCAGGAUAUUUUUCUUGGUUUUAAUGGUUCGUUCUUCUACUCUGAUGGUAAUUAUGAAUUACUUAAAAAGCUCACCGGUGCUUGUAGAGUUCCAUCUAUGGUCAUAGUUGAUCCCUUUUGGCAGCAACAUUAUGUCUACCCUGAAGAGAAAAGUUUUAACUUUGCUUCACUGUAUGGUUUUCUUUCUGAGUUUCUUAAUGGAACCCUGCUUCCAUAUCAGCGGUCAGAACAUGUUCUUCAAGGCCAAAGGGAGGCCAGACGUCCUCCAUUUGUUAAUUUGGAUUUUCAUGAGGUGGAUUCUAUACCUCGAAUCACAGCUCAUACUUUCUCUGAACUUGUUAUUGGUUUCAACCUUUCGAACAAAGAGAAUACUUCAAAUACAUGGAAUAAAGAUGUCUUGGUCUUGUUUAGCAAUAGUUGGUGUGCAUUCUGCCAGAGAAUGGAAUUGAUUGUUCGUGAAGUAUAUCGGGCAGUCAAGGGCUAUGUGGAUACAUUGAAGAGGGGAUCUGGGAACGUUUCUAAUCAUGAAGAUUUUGAUUAUGUUACAAUGAAGAUUCCGACAAUCUACUUAUUGGAUUGUACAUUGAAUGACUGCCAUCUGAUACUGAAGUCAAUAGAUCAGAGGGAGGUUUAUCCUGCACUGGUUUUAUUUCCAGCAGAAAAGAAGGAACCUCUUCUUUAUGGAGGAGAUAUGUCUGUAAUUGAUGUUAUGAAGUUUGUAGCAGAGCAUGGAAGUAACUUUCAUCAUAUCAAAGAUAAAGUUUCGUGGCUGUCUGAUAGAGUAGUCAGGAGUCAGAACUUACACGGCACUUUGCAAACUGAUGUCAAGGAGGAAUCACUUCAUACGCGGAACAAUUAUCAUGAAUCCCCAGGUCAAGAGAGAAUAAUGGAUCAGGUGGUCAAACCUAACAUGAUAAAUUUACCAGUAUCAAAUGGAUGGGGUGAAACAUUGCCUCACGUGGUAGUCGGUUCGGUGCUAAUUGCCACAGAAAAACUUUCCGGGGUUCAGCCGUUUGAUGCAUCCAAGAUUCUCAUUGUGGCGGCCGAUCAAAUAACUGGAUUUCAAGGUGUCAUCAUUAACAAGCAUUUGGAAUGGAGUUUUCUGCCUAAAUUGGACAAAGACUCGGAAAAAUUGAAAGAGGCACCUUUGUCCUUUGGGGGUCCAGUUGUGAAAUCUGGAAUGCCUCUUUUAUCCUUAACCAGAACAGUUUCCGGAAAUAAUUUACCUGAAAUCCUACCUGGAACUUACUUCCUUGAUCACAUAAUGACAAAUCGUAAAAUCGAGGAGCUGACAUCAGAAAAUCAACCAGUUGCUGAUUACUGGUUUUUCUUUGGAUACUCAAACUGGGAAUGGAAUCAGUUAUAUCAUGAGAUAGCGGAAGGAGCUUGGAACUUGAGUGACGAUGGAGUGAGACAUUUACAAUGGCCCUGACUACCAUUUAUUCAUCAUCUUUACUGUAACAAUAACAUUAUUGAUAUCCUUUGUUAUUUAUAUAAUGUAAUUUAAAAUGCAAAUAUACUAGAAAGUAACAUUCAGCAUACUGUGAUACAUUAAACGGCAUAGUAGUGCAGGAUUAGGAAAAUGCAUGCCUUGGUAAGUAAUCCAAAAUUUUCUUUUGAGUUGGUUGCUUA